CUUAAAAGGGAGGAAAAUCUCGAAAUUCGUAGAAAGAGGGGGCUAGCCUGAGUUAGAGUUAGAGGCCCAGUCCAAUAAAAAAAGUUCCAAAUCCAAUAAACCCAUUAUUACUUGUUCUUCAUUCUUACUCUCAUUCACAUGAAACCUAAAAUUUUCAUCUCAUCUGUCUCACUCACCAUUCUGCAAUAAACAGCCACCUGUUUCAAAGCCACCACCUCCAUCGUUGCUGCUUCGAAGCCGCAACCACCUCCAUUUCUGCUUCGAAACCACCGUCACCACGUUCAUCGUUUCUGCUUCGAAGCCACCACGUCCAUCGUUUCUGUUUCGAAGCCACCACCACCGAUUCCUCCGUCGAUGUUGAUUCCCUCUUUCUUUUUUCCUUUUUCUUCUCAUCAACUAUAAUUGGUGAAAAGAUGCUUAGCAAACGCACAUAGGCAUUUGGCUAUUAUUUCCAAGAAGUGGGAAUAGGGUGUGUAGGGUUUAUAAACAGACUCAACAGUGAAGCAAGAUGCGAAAUUCCAUGGGAAAAUUCUCCUCACUCUUAAUUUCGAGAACAACAACGCGCUCUUUGCUUUCCACACCCCUUCCACACCGCUUCUGCACCACCACCACCCCCCUUUCCGAUGCCGACGACACUGACUCAACAUCUCUUUCUCCCUCACCCGAAAUAACAUUCUAUGAUCGACCUCUUGAGAACGGCCUCGACCCCGGCAUUUAUAGGGCGAUAUUGGUAGGCAAAGCUGGACAAAAACCAUUACAGAAGAAAUUGAGAAGUGGUACGGUGGUUACCCUAUUGUCAAUAGGAACCGGAGGUAUCCGCAACAAUCGAAGACCACUGGAUCACGAAAACCCUAGGGAAUAUGCUAAUCGAUGUGCGGUUCAGUGGCAUAGGGUCUCAGUUUAUCCUGAGAGAUUGGGAAAUCUUCUCAUGAAACAUGUUCUUCCUGGUUCAACUUUGUAUGUUGAGGGAAAUCUUGAGACUAAGGUCUUCUCUGAUCCCAUUACUGGCCUUGUUCGCCGAAUUCGAGAAGUUGCUGUUCGUCGAAAUGGUCGUGUUGUAUUUUUAGGUCAGGGUGAUGAUGAUGCUGAUCAACAUACACAACAAAAUGACCUGAGAGCUGUUGGCUAUUAUUGAAUUUUAUGCUUCAAAUGAGAAUGUUGUUGACAAUGGAGAUCUUAUUUUAUUUUUUGGAUUUUUGCCACAAACACUGGAAUUGUUAGAGACAUUUGCCAUGUUGCGAACUCUUGAUUAAGUGAUCUUGCAUUACAAAUUUAAAGGGAUUGCCAUGCUGUAUAAUACACCAUUCUGUUGCUUUAAUUUAUGAUGGCAAACUUGCAACACGGUUUAACAAAAGGGCUUUUUUGCUCUAGGGCAUCGAUUCAUUAUGUUCCAAAGUCUCGUUAAAUAUCAUGGUUAUUUUAUUGCCACUGGGAUUGUUUUUGUCUCGAGCUUGCAAGAAUAUUGUUUUGAACAUCCUCGUGUUUCGAUUGUUAAAUGUUUAUUGAUGCUA